UUCCACAAACUUGCGGCGGGGAAACCAAACUCAAAGGCUUCAUGGCUGAAAAUUACCCCAAAUCGAAGUUGAAACGUCGAAAGUUUUUGGUGGAAGGAAAGUCUAUUCUGACGGACAGCCGGCGCGAAACAACCCCCCCGGGAGCGACGGGGAGGGACGGCUCAGCGGAGUUCGGUUCCAGCGGAACCAAGAACGGGUCGCCCUUUCCCGCCGCAGCCCACCGGAGCUGCCAUCAGCCCCCCGCUGAGGCAAAGAACCUGUGGGCGCUGGUGCUGUCUGCUGUGGAGGGCCUACAGGGGGGCUCGGUUCCGGACCUCCCUCCUCCUUCUGUAGCGAAGCCUUCGUCAGACCAGGAUGGAUGGCGCUGGUGUGACCUCCACGCAGAGGUCGAUCCAUUCCCACAAUCCUCGUCCAGUCUAAGCUUGGUCCAGCAGGAUCCAGCCUCCUCAUCCUCAUCCUUCACAGAGCAGAGGGCCGAUCCUCAGACAGAGACCGCUCCCCCCAGGACGACAGAGGGACGGCGGUCUGACAGAAGCCAGCAGGGUUCUGGUUCUGUAGGCGAGGAAGAGGAGGAGCAAAAGCAUGGAGGAAGAGGAGAGCUGCAGAGCUGCCCCAUGUGUCUGCAGGAGUUCCCCUCAGGAUUCUCCCAGAUGGACUGUGACAGCCACCUGGCCCAGUGUCUGUCCGACAUGAAUGUGGACGUCACCUGGUGACCUCCUGGAGACGCCCCCCCAGGAAUGUUCCUCAUCCUGCAGAUUCCAGCACCAGAUCUGAGGAGAAACUCUGACAGCCGAGCUCCUCACAGACCUGCUUCACGAGCAAACAAACACACAGACUCCGUCACAGAAAACCAGGAUCCUUUUUAAUAAUUACACAUAUUUACAAAGAUGCGGUGAGAAUGAAGCACUUGAUUUAAAAAAGUCAUUUUUCUCUGCUUGUGAGGAGUUGGUCCUGCUGGAGACUAAACCCUGCAGAGAGGAGGAUGCUGCUCUUCUCUGUUCUUCUCUGGUCAUCAGUUUCAACAUCUCGGAUCUAUCAAGUCUGACUCGGGACUCGGAUGUUUCCUCUGUAAUGGCAGCAGUAAACCCCGGAGAAGGAGCAGCAGCUUCUUCUGCAGGAGGAACCAGAGCGGUCUGUUAAUGCCAUUCCAUCUGUGCUCUGCCUUCUCUAAUAAAAGCCUGGCUUCUGCAGCCGUGUGCUCACGUAGGUGUAAAAACACAAGAACUGUCCUCACUGAAGGACCUCCAUCGAGUCUACUGACCGACCUCCAUCGAGUCUGCAGAAGGACCUCCAUCGAGUCUACACAAAAAACUCAAUCGAGUCUAUAAAAGGACCUCAGAGUCUGCAGAAGGACCUCCAUUGAGUCUAUGGAAAGACCUUCAUCGAGUCUACGGACGGACCUCUUUCAAGUCUACAAGAAGACAUCUGUCGAGUCUGGAGAGAAACCUCCAUCGAGUCUACAGAAAGACCUCAAUUGAGUCUGGAGAGAGACCUGCGUCAAGUCUACGGAAAGACAUCCAUCGGGUCUGCAGAAGGACCUCCAUAAAGUCUACAAAAAGACUUCUGUGGAGUCUACAGAAAGACCUCCAUCGAGUCUGAACAAAGACCUCCAUCAAGUCUACAGAAAGACCUCCAUCGAGUCUG